UGGAGCCUUCUCGUCGGCAUUCUCGUCGUGAUUGCCUUCUGUGUGGCUUCUUAUUUUCUAGCUCCGAAGGGCGAGGAUCAAUUGGUUUGGCGAUCAAGUCUGAUGAUAUCAGCAACAGCAUGUUAUCUCAUGUGGGCAAUCACAUUCUUGGCACAGUGGCAUCCUCUCAUUGUACCGCAACGAAACGACCUAAGACCGGAAUACCUGCAGGACAAGAUGCUGUAA